AUGCAUUCUAUACGAGGCAGCUCAACCCUGCCCGUGGUAUAUCCUACUCACGGUAUCCGACUGUACUCGCAGGCUCAAAGCGACCAGGUGGCCGCAACUCGGUCCACGAUAGCACAACUCCUGCGCCAAAUAGACUCCAAACACACCGCCCAACAGUACCUCUCAUACUUCAGCACACCCACUUUCUCGUCCCGCCCUUUCGCCGUCAUCAAAGUCGGCGGUGCUAUUCUCGCUGACCACCUCCCUUCACUCGCGUCUGCGAUCGCCUUCCUAAGCCAUAUUGGCCUCUACCCGAUUCUCGUUCAUGGCGCAGGGCCCCAGCUUAACACGCUGCUCUCUGCCACGGGAGUCAAGUCAGAGUUCCACGAUGGCAUCCGCGUCACCGAUGGACGCACCCUGGCGCUGGCUCGCACAGCUCUACUCGAGGAGAACUUUAAGCUUGUUCAGGAGCUCGAGAAUAUCGGUGUCUCCGCUCGGCCGUUGACCUCGGGUGUUUUUCAAGCCGAGUACCUUGAUGCAAGCAAGUACGGCCACGUGGGCAGAGUCAACAAGAUUGAAGACUCGUCUAUCCGAGCGGCUCUGCGCGCAUCUUGCGUGCCGGUGCUGACCUGCAUGGGAGAGACUUCCGAUGGACAAGUUCUCAAUGUCCAUGCGGACCUGGCGGCAUCUGCCCUGGCGCGGGUGCUGCGUCCGGAGAAGGUCGUGUACCUUUCCGAGACAGGCGGCUUGGUGAAUGGGAGGACAGGAAGGAAAAUGGACGUGAUCAGUUUGGAGUGGUUGCGGAAGCAGGAGUGGGCGCGGUUGGGGAUGCGGUGGAGAGUGAGGAUGACGGCGGUGCAAGAUUUGUUGGAGGGAAAGGAGGGUGAAGAGGCAAGGGUGUCUGUAGUACAUCCUCGAGGGCUGUUAAAAGAGGUCUUUGCGGGCGAAGGCCAUGGAGAAGGGACGGUGAUCCGGAGAGCUAAGGCUAGGAGAGAAGUCGCUCCAGAGCCCGUGGUAAGAAGAAGCGAGAUGAUGGUGGGCCUGGUUGGCGGGCAGGCGGGAUUGCAGCAGCAGGCUGCUAUGGUCUGA